GUGUGUGUCCCCUCAAAUAAGUACAAUUGUCCAUGAAAAACCUUUGUUUUUGUUGUUUUUUUUUCCUAGGUACCAUUUGUGUGUAUGAGCAUGUGUGUGAGUGUGUUUUAAAAUGACCGGAGUGAUGACGGGACUCUGCUAAAAGUCUCAGCUGGGUAUGAAAUAGCUAGCGGCUCCUGCACUACGUGAUGUCCGAUAACGGAGAAGUGGAAGACAAGCCACCAGCACCGCCCAUGAGGAACACCAGCACCAUGAUGGGAUCCGGGAUCAAAGAGCCGAGCGCAAUGAACCACACCUCCAAACCACUGCCGCCCAAUCCCGAGGACAAGAAGCGCAAGGACCGCUCUAUCCGCUCCAUCCUCACUGGAGGAGGAGAUAAGACUAAUAAAAAGAAGGAGCGUCCGGAGAUAUCUCUGCCGUCAGACUUUGAGCACACCAUCCACGUGGGCUUUGAUGCCGUCACCGGAGAGUUCACUGGUAUGCCAGAGCAGUGGGCUCGUCUGCUCCAGACCUCAAACAUCACCAAGCUGGAGCAGAAGAAAAACCCUCAGGCCGUCCUAGAUGUACUGAAGUUCUACGACUCCAAAGAGACGGCCAACAGCCAGAAGUACAUGAGCUUCACAGAUAAAAGCUUGGACAGUUACAGCUCCUCCAAUGUUCCGAACUCCAAAGCUGUGUCUGAAACCCCCGCCGUAGCAACCGUAUCCGAGGACGAUGACGAGGACGAGGCCACGCCGCCACCCGUGAUCGCUCCACGACCCGAACACACCAAAUCUAUUUAUACCCGUUCAGUAAUUGAGCCCCUGCCUCCCGCCCCUGUGAAAGAUGCACCCCCGUCUCCUGUCUCUCCUCCACCUGCUGAGGGAGGCGGCCCCGCUCCAGCCGCCUCCUCUACCACGCCACGCGCCGCUGACAAGAACCGCAAGAAGAAGAUGUCAGACGAGGAGAUUCUGGAGAAACUGCGGAGUAUUGUUAGUGUGGGUGAUCCUAAGAAGAAAUACACACGCUUUGAGAAGAUUGGCCAGGGGGCGUCUGGAACGGUCUACACGGCAAUAGACAUCGCUACAGGACAAGAGGUGGCCAUCAAGCAGAUGAAUUUGCAGCAGCAGCCCAAAAAGGAGCUCAUCAUCAAUGAGAUUUUGGUCAUGAGGGAAAACAAGAAUCCCAACAUUGUUAAUUACCUGGACAGUUACCUGGUUGGCGACGAGUUGUGGGUGGUGAUGGAGUAUCUGGCUGGAGGCUCUCUGACCGACGUGGUGACGGAGACGUGCAUGGACGAGGCGCAGAUCGCCGCCGUGUGCCGGGAGUGUCUUCAAGCCCUGGAGUUCCUGCACUCCAACCAAGUGAUCCACAGGGACAUCAAGAGCGACAACAUCCUGCUGGGAAUGGACGGCUCUGUCAAACUCACUGAUUUUGGCUUCUGCGCCCAGAUCACCCCUGAACAGAGUAAACGCAGCACCAUGGUCGGCACGCCGUACUGGAUGGCCCCAGAGGUCGUAACUCGCAAGGCUUAUGGACCUAAAGUAGACAUUUGGUCCCUGGGCAUCAUGGCUAUCGAGAUGAUUGAGGGAGAGCCUCCAUACCUCAAUGAGAAUCCUCUGAGGGCGCUGUAUCUUAUUGCCACUAAUGGAACUCCGGAGCUGCAGAACCCCGAGAAGCUGUCGUCAGUUUUCCGAGACUUCCUCAAUCGCUGUUUAGAGAUGGAUGUGGAGAAAAGAGGUUCUGCCAAAGAGCUUCUACAGCAUCAGUUCCUGAAAGUGGCCAAGCCUCUCUCGAGCCUGACGCCACUGAUACUGGCAGCCAAAGAGGCGACCAAGAACAACCGCUAGCUCAGCACGGACGAGCACAGUGCCAUCUGUCUUCUCUCUUCUUCUACCCUAAACUCCCACAGCACACCCAUUAUCCCUACCUGUCUUUUUAUUGGGCAAGGAUCUGUAGAGUUUCUGAUGUCAGGGACAUUGUGUGU